UAGCAUCGGCUAACAGCUGGGUGUAUGUGUGCGCAGUUAGCCUGUAGCCGAACUACUUUGUCAAGAACCAUCCCGCACUGCAUUUCGAUCCGAUUUGUGUGAAGAGUGGAUAAUCGCUCUGCCAAGUCAAAUGUUAAAGAUUUACUGAACGGUGGACAAUGGAACAGGACAGCAACUCAGAGGAUGACUCCGUUGGCCCAGCAGAAGAUGAUGCACAGCCUCCAUUUCCUCUCGGACUCUCGGACUCAGAAGCAGUGGAAGUAUUGUGGCAAGUGCGUACCCAGCGGCGGCAGACGGAGCCUGAUCUGCCGGACACUGUGACCCGUCUCACCACACCUGAGGGCAGUAUUGUGUACCUGGUUGGCACCGCCCACUUCAGCGACAGCAGCAAGAAGGAUGUUGCCACUACGAUCCGAGCAGUCCAGCCAGAUGUGGUGGUGGUGGAGUUAUGCCAGUACAGAGUAUCCAUGCUUAAGAUGGAUGAGAAAACGCUGCUAAAAGAGGCUAAAGACAUUAACUUGGAGAAGGUCCAGCAAGCCAUUAAACAGAAUGGAGUGAUGUCUGGCCUCAUGCAGAUCUUGCUGCUCAAAGUCUCGGCUCACAUUACAGAACAGCUGGGCAUGGCCCCCGGAGGAGAGUUUAGAGAAGCCUUUAAGGAGGCAGGAAAAGUGCCCUUCUGUAAAUUUCAUCUUGGGGAUCGGCCCAUUCCAGUAACCUUUAAGCGUGCAAUAGCUGCUCUCAGCCUGUGGCAGAAAGCUCGUCUGGCCUGGGGACUGUGCUUCCUCUCUGACCCCAUCAGCAAGGAGGAUGUAGAGAAGUGCAAACAAAAGGAUCUUCUGGAGCAGACCAUGUCAGAGAUGAUCGGCGAGUUUCCAGCCCUCCACCGCACUAUUGUUGCAGAACGAGACAUCUACCUCACACACACACUUAGACAAGCAGCGCGCUGUGUGGAGGCGCCCCCUAAUGCUGAGAAAGUGCCUGCUGUGGUGGUUGGAGUGGUCGGGAUGGGUCAUGUUCCUGGAAUUGAGAGGAACUGGGAUAAAGAGCUCAAUAUUCAUGAGAUCAUUAGCGUGGCUCCACCGUCUCGCUUUGCCUGGGUAGUACGCAACGUAUUGAAGGGAGCCAUGUGGGGGCUUCUGGGUUACACCUGCUUCCGUGCCAGCAAGGGUGUUGGGAGGGCGUUACUCUCUUUCCCAACAGUCCAAUCGUUUCUUGAAAAUGUACAGAAACCUUCUGUUUGACCCCUCUUUUAUUGGAGCAGACUUUUCCGCAGUGAGAUAUCACACUGAACACCAAUAGCCUUAACUACAGGAUGGUGGUUGGGUAACGGGAAGAAUAGAGGCAAACAACGUCUCCAUCUCAUAUGAGAUAAACAAUGGGGUGGAAGCUUUUAACUAGCUCUCUACCUCCUCAACUCUGUCCAUCUGCUCUGUGUACCUGUGGAGGCAGAGAUGUACUGCCAAAGAAAUCAGACUGUGCUCUCUUUCCCCAUUUUCUCAUUCUUAAAGUAUGACCUAUGAGGAAAUUAACUGCAGCAGGAUUUCCCAUGUUAUCAUUCAAUUUGAAUUGAAGGGUCUUUUUUUUUUUUUUUUUUUUUUUUGGCCAUGAUUUAUUCUUUUGGUUGAUUCCUACAAGUGGUUGAUGCAUUUUGUUUCCCAGCAGGUGGCGUUCAGCAGUCUGCAACCUACCAUAAUUUGUAGUUUAUUAAUAGUGAUUGGUACAGCCGCCUUUUUUAUUAAUGGAACAGUAUCCCAGAGAAACCUGAAUUGUGCAAUAGGACCAUUUGUGAACAAGAGCAUAACUAUAGAUUUUAUUGAAAGUAUGACUUGAUAAAAGCAUGUAAUGCACAUUGGAAAAAUUAUGACCAAAGUAUUUGUUGUUUUAUUGAAUUUAUGUUUCUGACAAAAAGGCUUAAAAUGAGUGAAACUGAAACAACCGUGCAGUGUUUUAAGAGCUUCAAGUCACAGUGGAUGCAUGGGUGCUUGGUCUUUCAAGUUACCUGAUAAGCCCAACAUAAAUCUUGCCCUGGCUACCCUUUUAAGUGCCUUUUACUACAUGACCUGGACAGGGCUAAAAGAAACCGAGACGGAUCAUGAUGCUUUGCUCUCACUCCAUAUGGUCAUAAUAAAUGGUACUAUUAAAUCUGGAGUCCACUGUUUCACUCACACGUUUUCAUAAUUGGUUCUCGCUAAAGGAAUGGUUUCUAGCAAUUAUUAAAUUAUUAACUAGUGAAUUAUUUAAUAAAUUAGACAAGCUGCAUGUGUUUAUUCAAUAUUUUUUUGUGUAAGAAUAGAUAUCCAAUCAUUUUAUCCGAAACAAACAGCUGUUCCCCCGAAUUUAAGUAUUUUUCAUUAUUGUCUUUUGCUGCUGUUCAUAGAAGCUGAGUUGCAUAAAGGUUAAUUUCACUUAUUGGAAACAAGUUAAUGUUAACGCUUACAGUAUGAUAUUACUCUGACACGCAGAAUAAAAUAUGACCUUUUUGUAUAUUUUUUAUUCAUUCUACAUAAGUCACCACUAACUCAAAAGUCGUGAGUCACAUGAGAACAUCAAAAUGACUUGAAACUAUUAAGUGCAAAAUAAACAAAUGCAAGAAACUAAGAGAAAGUGUAGAGUUCCAUUAAAGAAAGUAAAGUUGACGAGAAAAACUUUUAACGGAAAAUAUAUCACUAGCAUGGGCCAUCAGGCCACAAUUUGGGAAUCAUUCUUUUUAUGGAUGGAUGUAGGAAAAGUGUUUCAGCUGUUUGUGUUCUUACAUUAAUUCAUUUGUCUGUCCAAUGAAUAAAUGUAAAGACCUUAUAGAAUUGGAAUUGCUGGUCCACAUGUUGACUUUGUUUUUCCAUGUAGCUUUUUACAACUGUGUCUUAUAGGGUGACUGAAAAUCUAUUGUAAAUGUGGCGUCUAGGUCACAGGCACAUUUGAAGCACAUGACACUCGAGUGUGGUGAGGAAUGCUUAUGCCUUCUGUUUUUCUUUUAAAUGUUUAGAGGCUGAAUGGAAAUGGUUCUGUUUUGAACUAUUGUGGGCUCAAAUUAAGCUGUGAUUAAAGCUUUGCAUGCAUGCCUUGUGCUUUUACAGGUAUGCUGGAGAAGGAAAUGACUAUAUGGAUGUAUCUGCAUGAUUUCUUGUGUAGAUGAUUUGUUGGGAUUAUUUAAUUUUAGUUUUUAAAACAUUGUAAUGAUUUUAAAUAUAUAUUAGCAUUCUGAGAUAUUUGUCAGUGCCCUGGUGCUUAAUGAGUAUUUCUAUUUGCAUAACACCAGUCCCUGCAUUUAAAUAGUGCAAGGUGGUCGCAAACUAGUUAAACUGGUUGACAAACUAAUUAAUUUAAUACAAUGUAUUUUUUUUUUUAAUCUACUGAUCCACUGACCCAGUAUAGGCUACUUCUCCAGCUGUAACAUUUGUCUUGAAUGUCUUCCUGAAAACUAAAACGGUCUUCCUGUUAAUGCCAUGCAGUUUUACUUUUUGAUCAUCUAGAUCUGCUGCACUUUUGGGUGAGAAAUGCCAGGGUCAAAGGUAUUUGAUGCAUCUUUUUGUACAUCCCUCAGCCUUACUGCUCCAAUUUCAUUUUUUUUUUCUUCUAACCAUUGUUAACUGUGGGAAUGGGGAAUAUAUGGUCCCACUUUUAUUAGUGCUAUCUUUUAUUCUUUCUUUUUUUUUUCCCUAGAAGCCAAAUAGUUAAUGCUCAAAUAUAUCUCGUAUAUCUUACAUUCUUAAAUAAAUUUUCCAACAUGUUA